CUCCCUUCUCGAUCUCGCUCGCUUCGCCCGUCCCUCCCCGUCGCGGCAGGCAUCAUCGCUCAACCGUGAUUUCCGCCCUCGCUUCCUCCUCCACGGCCCGUACUCGGAUACAUCGCCGCGGCAAGCCUUCGGCUACGCGACGAUACUCUCCCGGGUCGGCUCGGCGCUGUGGCCCCGUCCCCCAGGAGCUCGCCGCCCCGGAUCUCCGCGACCCGCUUCUCGUUGGAUAAUUAGCUCACAAAGAUGGCGACUUAUGAGCCCAAGAACAUUCUCAUAACCGGUGCUGCGGGUUUCAUUGCAUCGCAUGUGGCCAACCGGCUAGUUAGGAACUAUCCGCACUACAAGAUUGUUGUCCUUGACAAGCUUGAUUACUGCUCCAACCUAAAGAACCUCAACCCUUCUCGGCCUUCACCAAAUUUCAAGUUUGUGAAGGGUGACAUUGCAAGUGCUGAUCUGGUGAACUACCUUCUCGUCACCGAGUCGAUUGACACCAUCAUGCACUUUGCUGCUCAGACUCAUGUAGAUAAUUCGUUUGGUAAUUCCUUUGAGUUCACAAAGAACAACAUAUAUGGUACCCAUGUCCUUCUUGAGGCCUGCAAGGUUACUGGUCAGAUCAGAAGGUUUGUUCAUGUCAGUACUGAUGAGGUGUAUGGAGAAACUGAUGAGGAUGCUGUGGUUGGUAACCAUGAGGCCUCACAGUUGCUCCCAACAAAUCCUUAUUCAGCUACAAAAGCUGGGGCUGAAAUGCUUGUGAUGGCUUAUGGAAGGUCUUAUGGUCUUCCUGUUAUUACCACCCGGGGCAACAAUGUGUAUGGGCCAAAUCAAUUCCCUGAAAAACUCAUUCCCAAGUUUAUUCUCUUGGCCAUGAGAGGUCUUCCUCUUCCGAUUCAUGGAGAUGGUUCUAAUGUCAGGAGCUAUCUGUAUUGUGAGGAUGUUGCUGAAGCUUUUGAGGUCGUUCUUCACAAAGGAGAGGUUGGACAUGUGUAUAAUAUCGGCACGGUGAAGGAGAGGAGGGUGAUUGAUGUGGCCAAUGACAUAUGCAAACUCUUUGGCUUGGAUACUGAGAAAGUCAUCAGGUUUGUUGAGAACAGACCCUUCAAUGACCAGAGGUACUUCUUGGAUGAUCAGAAGCUAAAGAGAUUGGGAUGGGCAGAGCGUACACCAUGGGAAGAGGGCUUGAAGAAAACAAUCGAAUGGUACACCACCAAUCCUUAUUACUGGGGAGAUGUCACUGGUGCAUUGCUCCCUCAUCCAAGGAUGUUGAUGACACCUGGAGUUGAAAGGCAUAACUGGACUGAGGAAAUAAAAUCUCUGGCUUCUUCACCAGCUGAAGCUAAGGAAUCUAGCACAACAGCUCCUGCAACCACUACCAACAGCACCAGCAGUGCCCCUCAAAAGCCUUCGUACAAGUUCUUAAUAUAUGGAAGGACUGGAUGGAUUGGUGGCCUCCUUGGGAAUAUAUGUCAGAAGCAAGGGAUACCUUAUGAGUAUGGGAAAGGACGUCUGGAGGAGCGCUCUCAGCUGUUGCAGGACAUUAGAAAUGUGAAGCCUACUCAUGUUUUCAAUGCUGCUGGAGUCACUGGGAGGCCAAAUGUUGACUGGUGCGAGAGCCACAAACAGGAUACUAUCCGUACCAAUGUUGUAGGCACCUUGAAUCUUGCUGAUGUUUGUCGUGAGCAGGGAUUGCUCAUGAUAAAUUAUGCUACAGGUUGUAUAUUUGAGUAUGAUGCUAAACACACUGAAGGAUCUGGAAUUGGCUUUAAAGAGGAAGACACGCCCAACUUCACUGGUUCUUUUUAUUCCAAAACCAAAGCAAUGGUGGAAGAGCUAUUGAAAGAAUAUGAUAAUGUCUGCACUCUUAGAGUCAGGAUGCCUAUAUCAUCAGAUCUAAGCAAUCCUCGUAACUUCAUUACAAAGAUAGCUCGCUACGACAAGGUCGUGAACAUUCCCAACAGCAUGACGAUUUUGGAUGAGCUUCUGCCCAUCUCCAUUGAGAUGGCAAAGCGGGACUGCAGGGGCAUAUGGAACUUCACCAAUCCAGGGGUUGUCAGUCACAACGAGAUUCUGGAGAUGUACAAGAAAAACAUCAAUCCUGACUUCAAGUGGACCAACUUUACACUCGAGGAGCAGGCCAAGGUCAUAGUUGCACCUAGAAGCAACAACGAAAUGGACGCAUCAAAACUGAAGGCCGAGUUCCCUGAGCUGCUGUCCAUCAAGGAUUCUUUGAUCAAGUAUGUCUUUGAGCCAAACAGGAAGGUUCCCGCUAAUUGAGGAUAUACGAUACGGGAGUGUUGAGAUUAUUUGUAUUGGUUAUUUGACACUAAAUUAGCUGAUGAUGCAGAGUGGUAGCUGUGGUCGAUUCUUUUGGGACAUAGCAGGCAUACCUCUUUUUGUAAUUUUGUUACACGUCGUGUUCCACAGAUAGAUAUCCGUAGAUGAUAUUCUAUGUAGUGGCUGGUAUGCUGAGACCUGGUUAUCAAUGAACACUACAAAUUGACUUAUUUCAUUA